GCGUGGCUCCAGGGCUCCGCCCCUCGCUUAGGCCCAGCCUCGGGGUCCUGGGCGGAGGGCUCCAGUGUCCGCGGGUCCGCGUCUCCGUGCUGCGCUGUGGUGCCGGCUGCCCGGAGCCGGGAUGCGCUGCGCCUGCUGCGGGUCCUCAUCAUGGAGACCAAACGCCUGGAGAUUCCCGGCAGCGUCCUGGACGAUCUCUGCAGCCGAUUUAUUUUGCAUAUUCCCAGCGAGGAAAGAGACAAUGCAAUCCGAGUUUGCUUCCAGAUUGAGCUGGCCCAUUGGUUUUACUUGGAUUUCUACAUGCAGAACACACCAGGAUUACCUCAGUGCGGGAUAAGAGACUUUGCCAAAGCUGUCUUCAGUCAUUGUCCAUUUCUGCUGCCACAAGGUGAAGAUGUGGAAAAAGUUUUAGAUGAAUGGAAGGAAUAUAAAAUGGGAGUACCGACAUAUGGUGCAAUUAUUCUUGAUGAGACACUUGAGAAUGUGCUACUGGUUCAGGGUUACCUGGCAAAGUCAGGCUGGGGAUUUCCCAAGGGAAAGGUAAAUAAAGAAGAAGCGCCCCACGACUGUGCGGCCAGAGAGGUCUUUGAGGAAACUGGUUUUGAUAUAAAAGACUAUAUUUGUAAGGAUGACUACAUUGAACUUCGAAUCAAUGAUCAGCUUGCUCGCUUGUACAUCAUUCCAGGAGUUCCAAAAGACACAAAAUUUAAUCCCAAAACUAGAAGAGAAAUUAAGAAUAUUGAAUGGUUCUCCAUUGAGAAAUUGCCCUGUCAUAGAAAUGAUAUGACUCCUAAGUCCAAGCUUGGCUUGGCACCUAAUAAGUUUUUCAUGGCCAUUCCCUUUAUCAGACCACUAAGGGACUGGCUGUCUCGAAGAUUUGGAGAUUCCUCAGACAGUGACAAUGGUUUUUCCUCAUCUAGUAGCACACCAGCUAAACCCACGGUGGAAAAAUUGAGCCGAACUAAAUUCCGCCACAGCCAGCAGCUGUUUCCUGAAGGUUCUCCUGGUGACCAGUGGGUAAAGCACAGGCAGCCACUGCAACAGAAGCCUCACAGCAACCACAUGGAAGUAUCAGACCCUUUCAAAGCAAAGAAUCAAAAUACAAGAGGGAAUGGCAGAAAACAGUAUCAAGACUCACCUAAUCAGAAGAAGAGAGUGAACGGAGUUCACAGUCAGCCAGCAAAGCAGCAGAGUCCCUUGAUGAAAUGUGAAAAGAAGCUGCAUCCACGAAAACUUCAGGACAACUUUGAGACAGAUGCCGUAUAUGACUUGCCUUGUUCUGGUGAAGACCCAUUGGCAGAACAUGCUGAGGGACACUCUGUGGCAUGUAACGGACAUUGCAAGUUCCCAUUUUCAUCUAGAACCUUUCUGAGUUUCAAGUUUGACCAAAAUGCCAUAAUGAAAAUCUUAGACCUUUGAUAACAGCUAGUGUAUUGCAGAGGUCCCAUGAUCAGAGACCUGUUGUAUUUGAGUGGGUGUCUCCUCAAGCCUUACCUUUCUCAGGUAUUUGAAAGAAAUGCAGGGAGGCAAUGUUUCUAAAGAGAUUUUUUUGUACAGAAGAGAAACUAGAAAGAAACACAAGUUUGCACUGUAAAUUCAGUUAAACUUUUUAUAUGGAUUUACCAUUUCAGUGUUUGGAACCCAAGUUUUAUUUGCCUGUGGUUUUUUUUUUUUUUUUUUUUUUGUCUUUUCCUUUUUUGAGGGCAUUUAUUUUGUGUGACUGUGGGUCUUAUUUUUUUAUUCUGAUCAAGAAAAGAGUUGUUUUGAUGGAAUCAUCAACAAGUAGCCAAGUUAAUAGUAUUUCAUCUUCCCAUCUUAGUGAUUGCAAAAAGUUUGCUUAUUGAGAAUUUAAAAAGAAAUUUAAAACCCCAAUUACUAAUGAGCAUAAAAGCUGAAACGUGACAUCAAGAUUGCAGGCGUUUUGCUCAUUUCUCCACUUCUAACCACUGAGAAUCGAAUCCUUCUAGUUGGAGUUUUGUCAAUUUGUUUAGCACCUCAUAUUCAAAACAAUACUCAGUUGCAAAGCAAACUCCUGAGCACUUCAUCAAGAAGAAGCCCACAGCCUGGAGAGAGAUGCAGCCAGUGGGGAGCUGAUGCUGUAAUUUUGAAUUAUGACGUUUGCUGUUGGAAAACUUGUAGUACUGGAGCAGAGAGCAUGGAAGCCAGGAGCUGGCAGUUGUUUGGGUCAUGCCUUGACCAUCCUGCCUCCAACUGUUCAGUAUUGUGCAAUGAUUAUACUCAUGUGAAACAUGUAUACAUAUUAUAGUGUGUAUGUUUGGAAAACUACAUACUUAGUUUUAUAUUGCAUCUCAGUGUUGAUCUGUGGAAGCUGAUGUUAAUAUUAGGUUCCUGUUUGCAGUAAUAGCAGAGUGACAUGCCUUUUAUUAAUAUCCUGAAGCCCCUGGGUUACAAAGUAAGGAAGAAAGGGUUAUGCAAUUUACCCCAGCAUGUCAUUUCACUGGGGGACCCUUGGAGUAACGUACUUAGCUCACAUCUAGGAAUGUAUUUUGGUCCUCUAGGAUUCUUAAAUCCAAACAAGAAUGACAGUGCCUGUUUUACAAAGGGUCAUCUAUAAUGGAGGACAAUCACCAGAGCUUUAAGGAGGCAAUACAAUUUUGGCUGCAUCUGACCUCACUGAGAAUAUUUCCGGGGGGUGGGGGGAGCUGUUUGUGCAUGUGUGCACGUGCAUCUGUCAUGUGGGUUUUUAAGAGUUGUUUUUUACAAGUGGUAUCCACAAAGUAUAUCUCUGCUUAUAAAUAUUACUAUAGAAAUCUUUAUUCUGUAUAUGUAGCCUAUUUAACUGGGGUUCUACUUAACCCCAUGGAACCUUUAAGAGAAGCGCUAUUAUUGUAAGGAAUUUACUUGGUAUUGCUACUUUAGCUUUUAAAUGGCUGAUUUUAAAGAAGAAGUUCUAUUUAUUAAUGAACGUGUCACUCGGUGCUGAGCAGGAGACUUCACAAUGACACAGUGUGUUCAGAAUCUUUUAUUCGACUACUUUGUGAACCCUUCUAUGACCUUUGCUUUUUAGUGCAUUAUCUGAUUGUGUUUGGAAGCCGUUAUUAUUCUCGUCAGAAAUACAGCUGCUUUGCUUGGGUCUUUUUGAGCCAUAUUUAUAUUUGGUCCCAGCAUUCCAGAUUUCUGUUAAAUGGUUAAAGGAGUGAAAACUGAAGUUUGCUUGGCAAUGCAUCAUUUUCACUCAUCUGGAAAACAUUUAAGUGUGUGUGUGUGUGUGUGUGUGUGUGUGUGUGUGAGAGAGAGAGAGAGAGAGAGAGAGAGAGAAAUUCUUUUUCUUAAAUCAGUACUUUAGUUGGUCUCUCAGGUUCCUGUAGAGGUUGGAGUUUUUCAGCUCUCAGUAGUACUAAAGCAAAAGCAAUUAGUUACCAGAAUAUGGGACCUGUAAAGAGGUCGACUAUAAGAACCAACCGUUGAUGUGCUGCUUUAUUUAAUGCACUGUGGAACAAAACAAGAGUGUGGUUGGGAUGCAAUUAUGAUAACUUCGGGUUUUAGCUUUCAGCAGUCUGAAGUUAGAAGCAUGCUGAAAGAGGAAUGAAGGUUUGUGUGCAUGUGACUCACCUAUGCAGAAAAUAUUAAGUUGGUGUACCUUGUUAAUGUUCAUCCGCUGUACUUACUCCUUCACUGUUCAGGUUAUCUGAGAGAUCAUGUUUAGCACAGGACUGGAUUUCUUCACUGAACUGUGUUAGCAUUUCUUCAUGGAAUCUGGUAAUGAGGGUGCUGAAUAUGCAAUAAUGUACUUCUGUGUAGUGCUGUGUUUAAAGACGCUAGAUGGAACAGUAGAUACAUCGGCCUUAUUAUUUUUGUGUGUGAGGGGUAGGACUUUGAAAUCACUUUUUAAAUGUCCUUCGCCUCCAGCCGCAUGUGUUCCAGGAUGCAGUGCACUGUGAAUCUUUUUAAAUCUGAGUUUGUAGGUGCUCUUAUGUGUAACUUCAACAGUUUGAAGAAUGUUAAAUGACUUUGUCCUUAACCAUUGUUCUCCAAGAGACAAAGGAUAUAGUUUACAUACUUUUCUAUAAGUUUCUGUUAAGAAAUAGUGAAUGAAUGAUUCAAGGAUUUCAAACAGUGGUUCUGUUUUGAGACAUGAGCAUUGGGAGGGGCUGGCAAAACCCAGUGGAUCUGAUAGCUUGGGUGAAAUUGAUUAAAUAUGUUAAAAGAUCUAAGUAGACCUUUGUACCAGUAUAUGAAAGAUAGUCUCCCAGACCUGUCAGAAAAAUUGUGGUCACUGCUUGCUGUUUUGACCUUUGAAUAUCGUUAUUUUUAUAUUAGAUACAGAUAAUGGAGCUAUAGCGCAGAUUAAUACUGUGCUGUAAGACUUGGCUAUACUUCUUCUUUUGGAAGUUUUAAUAAUUUACAUGUCAUGUCAAUAAACAACUCUAAGAGAAUGACUAUAGGAAUCAAAUUCCUUUAUAAAAUACUGUGUUUUCUAAAAAUGUUAAGGAUUGGUACCUGUAUUCAUUAAAAACAUUUCAUUACCGAAACCCUCACCCGUUCUGUUUCUCUAAUAAGGAAAGAGGGAGACCUAGAAAUGAUGAUUUGCUGAGCAGGUUUUCUUCCCAUAAUGCCUCCUGGCCUUCUCUGUACCCGUGUGUACCUGCUUGGAGAUUGUAAUGACAGCUGUUUUGUCUGUGUUCUCUGAGGCAGUAUUUUCUUUGUAUUAUUAUUUGUGGUCGUAUUUAUUAAUGCUUCUUCCUCCUGGUUUUGAGUUGGAUUCUUGUGUAGCCUGAGAAAAGAGGUUCAGAUAUGUUAUAGCAUGAGUUGACCAUCAACAAAGGGCACCACUAUUGUGUCUAAAGGUAUUCUUCACCUUUAUGGGUGUAGUGUUACUCAUUACAGCUUGGCAAAGCUGGGCUAGAAUAGCUCAUUCCUGGUGUCAUGACACUUUAGAAUACAUAUGUAUCAUUUCUUAAAAUGCCUAGAAAUGGGCUUAUCGUAGUCCUUCUCCAUAACUUUGUCUCUCUACAUAGAUAUUCUUGAAGCCUGUGUCAGAGGGGCCAGAUUGAGAUUGGUAAUGUGAGUUUUGUCCUAAGUAGAUUGCAAUUGCCAGGUGUAUUGGGAAAGUUUCUUGAAAAGAACAGCUAGUCAGUAGUUGCUGGGCAGAGUGUGGGGAAGAAACUAGUGCAUUCUGGCACUUGCAUGCUUACAGAACUCUCCAGAUGAGAUUUGUGGCUGCCGCCCAGCCUUAGAAGAAUCAAAAAGUACAGUCCUUCCCAGGCAUUUUCUACUCCUCAGCAAAGUGUUGUUGGCUAAGUAUGAUUGCCAAGCAAUCCAUUGAUUCUUGUGAAAUUCUUCCCACUUUAAGAACCAGCAUUUGGGCCCUUUCUGUGUUGGUUCUGCUGAGCUCCAGGCCCUCUGGGUUUUAUCUCUCUCUCUCUUUUUUUUUUAUGACUUUAAUUUCUUUCUAAUGGAUGUUUUGCUAUUGUAUUUGUAUGUGUGCCUGAUGACCAAGGAGGCCAGAAAAGAGUGUCAGAUGAUUCCCCCCGGAACUGGAGUUACAGUGUUAGAGAUGGAACAUGGCUCCUCUGCCAGAACAGCCCGUGCUCUUAACCAUCCUGCUGUUGAUAACAAGAUAGCCCAAUGUGUGGCACAGUCAUGUGUGCCUGUGCAGGCAGCAGUUUCCUUGUGACAAACAUCAUUUGUCACUGAAGUAGCUAGUGAAAACUGAGGCCUGGGCCUAGCCUCCUGCAUAGAACUGAAUAGAGUAACAUAGUUCUGAUAGGGGUUUGUUUGUUUCAGUUUCCCCUGGUUAUGUCUUUAUACUUUGUGGUAAAGCUCAGAGACUUUAUUUUGAGAAGUGUUUACACUGUAAUAUCUAAUUUGAAAUGAACAAAAAAGAGAUUACGUUUAUCUUGGGUCUUAGUGUAGCAGAGAGUUGGGUUCUGUCUGUGUAGCUGCCUGAAUGCACAGUCUAAAAGGUAUUCACUUCAGAUGCUAGUAGUUAGGAAGUGUUAGUCAAGGGUUCUCUGGGGAAAGAAAGUACAGGAGUCAGGUUCAGGGUAUGAUUUGCUGUUGCUGCUCUUCCUCCUCUUCCUCCUCCUCCUCCUCCUCCUCCUCCUCCUCCUCCUCCUCCUCCUGUGUCUGCUUCAUGACUCUCAUGUGGUGCCUGGGCCACAUCUUGGCCUCCCAGCUGCCUAGUCAACCACCAUUAUCCACCCGCCCACCCAUCCAUCUAUCUUUCUGUUUAUCUGUUUAACUUCUCUUUAUCAUCUGUCACCUCUCAUCUAUAUCUAUAUACCCACCAUAUGUCAUUUAUCUCUCAAUCAAUCAACUAAUCUAUCAUUCUAUAUAUUACCUGUCAUAUUUCUGUUUUUCUACCUAUGUAUCUGUAUAUGUUCUGUCAUUUAUAUUUUUCUGUCAUCUAUGUAGUAUUUAUUUUCUGUCUUCCUAUCUUCUUCCAUCUAUUUACUUACCCAACCAUAUAUUUUAUGGACUAAUCUUUUUUCUUUCAAGUAUCUGGAGCCACUGAAGGUCUUCAGAACAUCAGUAGGAGUCUUACAUAGAUGCAGAUAUAUCUGGAUGUGUGACCUGGGGUGUCUGUGAUCACAAAUUCACAUGCCUUGUUUAGUAACAAGGCUGCCUAGUAUUGUCUCUUCACUGGACCCUUUCUGCUAUACUCGGGGGUUCCUGUCCUGUAACCAGGUGUCCUAGACCAGCAGCUCACUCACCUGUGACAUGUUCCAGAAAAUCAUCUUGAACACAUGAUCGUCUACUGUUUGUUGAAGAAAAGUCCCCAGAGCUAGGUUGGUAUCUAAGUUUUGCUGAUGAAAGGUGUCCUUCUCCAUUUUUAUCAUCCUCUUCGUGUUCAUCAUGCUAUUCAUCAUGAAUAACCUCUUUGCUGUCGUCAUAUCCCCCUGCCAUAUCUGCAGCUGCUGCUUGUCCCUCUUCCCCAAUUGCAGUGUGGCCUUCCUGAGAUAUGUGGGCUGAUUUUUCUUUCUCCUGGUCUUCUCCCAGCUGCACGCACUGUUUGUCCCGUGUUGUAGUCUUCUGCUUUAUUUCCCCUUUCUCCUGUACUUGGGCCUUCAUGUUCAGUAACUCAUUGUCUUAGACCAGCAGGUCCUUCUCCAGUUGCAGGCUCCUUUCAGGCCUGUAAUCAUGUCUGUCUCCUCAUGUGUUUCCUGGCAAAGGUGACCUGCUCUUCUUAAUGGACAUAAGUUCUUUAAAGGAAGGUAAGUCCCUCAGUAUAUGUCUGUCGCAGGGGUUGAAUAGUUUUGUUGAUGUUGUGUUAUUAGCUAGUUAGUUGAGUGCCAUUUUUUUGAGCAUUUGUUUCAGUAAUCGUCGGUCUUUCUGUUUGUGCUAUAUCUCUAAUGCAUCUGACACCAUGAGAAUUUGCCAUAACAUUUAAAUUCUUGAGUAAAUUCAAGUACAUGGAAGGGCUAUGCUCUCAAAUCAAUGUAUAUAGCUGUUUAAUUGGUAUGGGAAAAUACUUUGGUGCAGUUCUAGGAUGAAUUGGGCAGCCUUUCCUAGCACUUAGUUUUUAGGAUCGUGAACUUUUAAAGUAGAAGGUAGAAUAUUUUGGCUUUUAAUUAUUUGGCCCAAAUGUCUAAAACAAUAGUUCUAGAUAGGUGAAACAUUUGGGGCACUGUUGUACAUUUUUAAGCCAUUUCUCAAGCUUUAAGAAAUUAUCACAGCUUUUGCAAUAUUCCGCGGAAGCACAAAUGAAAGCAGAGGUGCCAGCUGUGGGCUUUGGAGGGUGGCACCUGCUAGCUGCGGAUGGCUUGUGAGAUGCAGUGACACUUCUGGAACAUGAGCAGCGGUGUAUGGCAUGUACAGAGUCUUGGAAAAGCAUGACAGAGUCCUGCAGGAGCCUGCAUUUCACUGCUCUCUGGGUAGCACAUUUGGGGUUGUAUUUAAAUGUUGCACAGGUAACUAUUAAGUGUCAAAUGCAAGUAUCCAAGGGAAUGAGCCUUUCAAUUUACAUGUUUCAGAUUAGGACAGGACUAACUCCCAUUGUAUAAAUUUUUUUUUUUCAGGUCAACAAAUAGGAAAGAACAGUAAAACUCUUUAACUUUGGUGUAAUUUUUAAAAACUAUUUUUUAAAUUUUCUCAUGAGUUUUAAAUCUUCUGGUAGUUUUAAAAAUGAGUAUUGACUUACUAGUCUUACGUAUAACUCAAUCUGUUGGCUUCAAUGAAACUGUAAUGAAUCUUUAUGAAUAGUCAUGUAUUUAGCUAUUUUAAAUGAUAUUCUCUUAAUUAAGAUAGUCUUAAAUCAGGCCAGUCAUGGUGGUGCGUGGUAGCCAGGUUCACAGAGUCAGUUCCAGGACAGCCAGGGCUACACAGAAAAACCCUGUGACAAAAAAAAAAAAAAAAAAAGAUAGUCUUAAAGCUGACAAAUAUGAAGCAUACAGUUUAGUUUGGGUGCAGAAGUGAAUAAAAAUUGUAUAUUUUUAUGCACUGUAACUUUGGUUUAAAGUGGCUUAUGCUGUGCUGUGAAGACCUGAUGUCCCUGGACAGAGUAGUCUUCCAACACUCUGCUUGUACAUUUGACUGGAAAAGGAAUACCAAUAUAUAUUGAGUCAUGGAAGCUACCAAAGCUGGUAUAGUUGGUACAUAAACUUGGAUGAAAUUACUUCAUUAUAAUGUUCAAUGAAAAACCUAGGCUUUAGAAUAAUUUGUAAACUUUGUAUGUUAGCUCAUUUCACAUAAGACAAACCCAAUUAAUGAAGAAACAAUCUUUGCCUAACCACGUUUUAUAUUUUAAUACUUGGAGAAAGAUAAUGUAAACCCUUUACAUGAUUAUGUCUGUGAUAGUACGAAAGUUUGCUUUAUUGUGGUUAUUAGUCAGAUAUUUAGGGAAACCAAAACGAACCCUCCCCAAAUAGCCUGUUGGGUUUGCUGUAGUGUGACACCUUUUAGAGCUGGAUUUAUUCAAGCGUCUCCUACCCCCACCACCACUACUUCAGUGUCUGUGAAGUGAUUGGAACUGGUUUUCAUUUACAUUGGUGUGACUGUCAUAGAUUUCCAGUGACUCGGUCUGUGAAAGCGAUUCUGGAGCACUGCACUUCCCAAGAUGUGGGCUGACACCUGUGCCACUGAGAAUGGCAGUGCUGUCUUUUUUACCAUUAAGUGUGCUGUGUGCUGUGACUUCUAAAAGCUUUUUGAUGUAGUCCACACUAGUUUAGAAGCUAAAAACAUUUGUUACAGAAUGCACUGACAGUGACGGAAGGCUGCUCAUACUGCUUUCUGUCAAAUACUAUGUUAACUUUGGUCUAAUUCAGGCUGUUGUAAUGCAUAUGUAAUGUAAUCCAUAAAAUUGGCUGCUCAGGCCAUGCUGGCUACUUCUUGUACCCUUCGUUCUGCUAAACACUGUUACUAACCACUUCCUGUAGUUUUAAGUCAUUACUUUUACUGGUUAUUACAGUGUGUUACUACCAUCCCUCUGGACAAAAAAAAAAAAAAGUUUUGAAUGUAUAGGAUAAAUGUGAGAAGUUCUAUUUGCAUUGAUAGAAAUAUAAAAAGUAGAAUCCAUUCAGAAAUGAAAGUGGACCAGAGGGUUUGUCACCUUUAGCUUAAUGCAGUUUGGCUCUUAAGCAGGACUAUAGUGAUGAGUGGGAUAGAGACCAGAUAUAUAAAAUGCAAUGAUUCUUAGACUUGACCAGAGCCCGGCUCGCCAGCAGAGCACCCUGGUGUCCCCUGGGUCUCUGUUCUUUUAGAGUCCUCGGCUAUAGAACUAUAUUAUCAAAAGUACUUUCAUGUAGCAAAAAGCUGCAGUUUUAACACUAAUGAUAUGCUAUGAAACUGCUUGCUAUCUAUCUUGUAGUUUACAUUUGACUUUCUGAUGCUUUUUUUGUCCUGUUUUUAUAGUCUUUUAAAAGAUUGUUUAAUAGAGAACCUUCUGUUGAUGCUAUUUGUAAAGGCAGCCAAAUAAAAAUUGGUGAGAAAUAA